AAUUUCAGACCUAUCAAAUUGGAACAUUUUGAGGAACAACUUGCCAAUUUACAGAAGGAUUCUAAUCUGUUGUUUUCUGAAGAAUUUGAGGGCAUUGCAGAACUUAGUCCUAAACAUGAUAGUAUAGCUGCCCAAAAAGAAGAAAAUAAACCUAAGAACAGAUAUGUUAAUAUUUUAGCUUUUGACCAUAGUAGAGUCAAGUUAUUACCAAUAGAUGAUGAUGAAACAACAGAUUAUAUCAAUGCAAAUUAUAUACCAGGUUAUAAAUCACAACGAGAAUAUAUAGCUACACAAGGUCCACUAGUAACUAAUGUAGGUGGUGUAGAUAUUAGUACUAUACCUGAUUUCUGGAGAAUGAUUUGGGAACAACGAGUAGCCAUAAUAGUCAUGUUAUCAGAUUUAACAGAAAAGGGAAAGCCCAAAGUUGAUAAAUACUGGAAAGAUCAAGGUGAAAGUGAACAAUAUGGUGAUAUCAUAGUUGAGGUCACAAGUGUAUCUGUACUUAAUAAAUAUACUAUCAAAAUCUUUGAAAUGAAAUUGGGUGAAGAAGUAAGGAAAGUUCGUCAUUUCUUCCUACCUGGUUGGGAAGAUUAUCGUGCCAAUUUACAACCAGAAGAUGUGUUAGAAUUUCUCAGUGUUGUUAGACAAGAAGUUAAACCAAUUGAUAAAGGUCCUAUGGUCGUUCACUGCAGUGCUGGUGUUGGACGAACAGGAACAUUUAUAGCAUUAGAUAUAUUUCAACAAUAUAUUAAUGAACGUGACAUGUCAUCAGAUAUUGAUAUCUAUGAUCUUGUUCUCAGAAUGAGAAAAUUCCGACAACAUAUGGUGCAGUCAGAGAAACAAUACAUUUUUAUACAUGAAACAAUCAAAGAAAUCAUAAAUCGAAGGAAGAAAAGGUUACAAGAUAAUGACACUGCUAUCUAUGAGAAUACUGGUUUUUCCAACGAAGCUUUUGGUAAGUCAACAAAUCAUUCACAGUAUUAA